CUUCCUCCAGAUCUCCUCAUCAUUUACGAGUCGGAGGCGGAGCAGUGGGCCUCCUACAUGCGCUCGGUGCUGUCGGGCCCCGUUGCCGAGGAGGGCAUCUGUUGCUAUGACGUCGCCGCGGUGACGGGCCGCAAGAGCCAGGAGGAUUUCCUGGGCCUGGUCGGGUACCGCUGCAAGCUGCUCAUCCUGACCAAGGGGCUAUUGGAGUCACUGUGUCCACUCAAGAGGUUCUUCCUCGCCCGCGUACUCAGGCCUGCACAACAGGUGGUGGUGCUGUUGUGUGGCGUGACCAGUAUAGCAGCACUGCUGGAGCAGGUGCCACUGCAGGGAGAUGGAUACCUGGAGAUAUCCAGCGAGCAAGAAGCACACGAGUACAGCGACGCAGUGGCCGACAUAGUGCGCAGAGGGGUUACCACUGAUCUAAUUGACCUGUAUCUGCGACCAGAUGGGAGCAAUGUGAAGAGGGCGUCGGGGGAACUGGAAAAGAGGCUGGAGAAGAGACUGGAGAAGAGUCUGUCUGGAGGGGGGGUGCCGGGCCCCGAGACCAGGCUGGAGAAGAGGCUCUCUGGUGGGGCAGCCGGCGCAGCCAAGGCCCCCCUCCUGGUGGUACCCAGCCGAGUGUCGUGCGAGGGCCCGGGUGAGGUGUUUCUCCUCCUCCAAGAGUGUGUGUGUAGCAGAGAGGCGGAGGUGGAGUUCACCGCGGGGAAGCAGAGAGUGCGCGUCAAGACCAACAGCAACUGGAACGACUACACACUCUCUGUCACCGUGCCAGUGGGUGUGGUUCUGUAUGUUAGUGGCGUGGUGAAGGGGCGUGGUCAGGUGCAAUGCUACAGCAGUCUGGGGGAGAUGGCCCGCCUCCUGGAGACAGCAGCCGACCCGGUGGAGUUCAUGUGUCAGGCUCUUCAGGUGCGUUCAGUAGAAGAGCUGGAUGAGACUCUGGCUGGCAGCCUGAUGCAGAAGAUGCCGACUGGAGGACUGACACAGCUCUACUGGGACACACACACACCAGCCUCCUCCACUACUUCCAGGGAGGAUACCCCCACCCUCCUCCACUUCGUGGCCCAGUACGGGCUUCGCGGUGUGGGCAGUGUUCUGCUACAGUGCCCUGGUGCCGGGAGGGCUCUGCGGACCCCCAACCGCCACGGACACACACCUCUGGAACUCGCACACACACAUGGACACACAGAGCUACACACUCUGCUCCAGACAGCACUGAAUGUCCAGGACAGUGAAGAGGGAGAAGACUCAAGUGUCUAUGAAAUGAUGAGCACCGCUGGUGCCCCUCUGCCCAAGCCCCUCCUCGGCGACCCCCAGGUAGAGGGGGCGGGACUAAACCAGGAAGAGGAUGAGGAAGAGGAGGACCCAUAUGCUCCACUGGGGGUCAACGAUGAAGAGUAUGACACCAUCCUCAGCUCCAGCAGCUCUGUCGUUAUCGCCAACCGGCCCCCCGCCCCCACGCCACGCCCGGAGACCAUACCCACCCGAGAGGACCGCACACCUUUCAUCGCACAGGUGUUUCAGAAGAAAGGCCCCCAGUCUGACGCGGGGACACUCUAUUCUCUCCCCUUGAAGAGAGACAGCAUCUCCUCGACCUACGACACCUUUGGGGGCGCGACCCCCCCAGUGCCCCCCCACAACCCCCCUCCAGGACUGGACGAACUCAUCGACCUACAACAACAGGUGAAAUUGGGCGUGCUCAGUGUGGACGAGGCGCUCGACCGAUUCAGCCAAUGGCAGCGCUUACAGCGAGGAGUUGACGCCACACAACAGGAGAAGCUUCGUCAGCUGAGAGCCAGCAUCAUAAACAACCGAGAGGAUGAUGACAGCGUCUAUGAUAAGAUCAACAUCAUCCAUCAUACCCCAAAUGUGGCGGUGAAGGACUGCCGGCGAGGAAGCCAACCGGCAGACACGGACUUCUACAGCAAACCCCUGAAAGGACAAACGGUUAUGUUUCAGAAGAAAGGCCCCCAGUCUGACGCGGGGACACUCUAUUCUCUCCCCUUGAAGAGAGACAGCAUCUCCUCGACCUACGACACCUUUGGGGGCGCGACCCCCCCAGUGCCCCCCCACAACCCCCCUCCAGGACUGGACGAACUCAUUGACCUCCAACAACAGGUGAAAUUGGGCGUGCUCAGUGUGGACGAGGCGCUCGACCGAUUCAGCCAAUGGCAGCGCUUACAGCGAGGAGUUGACGCCACACAACAGGAGAAGCUUCGUCAGCUGAGAGCCAGCAUCAUAAACAACCGAGAGGAUGAUGACAGCGUCUAUGGGGAGGAAGCUUCCUCAGCUGAGCCCUGA